UAUCUCUAGACACCAAGUAUUAAGAUGUGCUAGUCGUCGUACACGUUCCGUGUUACGCAGUGAAAUUUUUAAUGCACAAACUAUAUAUUAGUAUUUUACUGUGAAAACAAGUGAAACAAUGAAGUUAACUUGUGUUAUUCCUGGAUGUUCGAAAAUUAGUAAGCUCUUCAGAUCAAAAUCGAAUGAUUUUGAAAACGAAGCCUUAGAAAUACACAAUGAAUACAGGCGUGAACAUGGAGUACCACCACUAGUUCUUAAUAAAGAAAUAUGUAAAGUUAGUCAAAAAUGGGCAGAAGAACUUGCUAAAAAGGAUUCUAUGUCAUACAGUCUCAACCCAGAUUUUGGAGAAAGCGUUUAUUGCGGCUGGUCUUCUGAUCCCCAAAUCAAAAUACGUGCACGAGAUUGCCUUGAACGAUGGUAUAAUGAAAUAAAUGAUUACUCAUUUGGUAGAGAACCUGAAGUUCUCAACUGUGGUCAUUUUACUCAAAUAGUAUGGAAAAGUACAAAGGAACUUGGGAUCGGAACAGCUAAGAGCAAAUCUGGCAGAUUAUAUGUCGUUGCUAAUUAUUAUCCUCCUGGAAACUAUGGAGGCCAAUUCGUUAAGAAUGUUUUACCUCCAGGAGCACUACAGUUUCGAUCAUCAUCUAGUUUAAGUGUUUCAAGUUCACUCCGUGAAAGUAAUAAUAAUAUUGCGCCGACAUCCUCACAGCGAUGUAGUAAAAAUUUUAGUGAUUUAGCUGCAGAUUUAGUUACUAAGUUUAAAUCUGUUUCUAUCGGAGGAGAAAAAUUUGAAGAAGAGUUCUUAGGAGCUCACAAUGAAUUUAGAAGCAGACAUCGAGUUCCACCUCUAGAGUUGAAUAAAAAGCUAUGUAAAUACGCAGAAGAAUGGGCUAAGACUAUAUCAAAAAAUGGAAGAGUGGAACACAGAGAUCAAAACGAGUAUGGUGAAAAUAUAUUCUACGCUUGGUCUACUGAUCCUGCGUUUGUUAUAACUGGAAGAGAUCCAGUAGAUAAAUGGUAUAGUGAAAUAAAAAACCAUGAAUUUGGAAAAGAACCAGACAAUUUAGGAUCGGGACAUUUCUCACAAGUUGUUUGGGAAGAUACUCGUGAAGUUGGUGUAGGUGUAGCAAAAACAAAAGAGGGCCAAAUUUAUGUUGUGGCCAACUAUUUCCCGCCAGGUAACGUAAUAGGAAGUUUCGCUGCCAAAGUUCACCCACCUACAAGUUAGUUUAUAAAGUCCCAACAUGUUUACCAAAGUUUGCAUUCCAAAGAUGUUGAUAUAUUAUUUAAGAGCGUACUAAAGUAAAUGUUAUUAUAAUUUUA